GGUAGAAUACAACCUUCGAGAGACCGUGAAAGCGCUUCGAAACUCUGGACAAGUUGAGGUGGACGAGUAAUCGGCGAUGCAAGGGUGACAAGACGAAUUCGGAACCCCCAUCAUCAGAGAGGAGACGAGGGUCCUCAUAGACGUCCUGGAAAACAGGGAGCCAUACGUCAAAUGGGAUAUCCUCGCGCAUGAUGGAGCCGAUUUGAUCCCCCUUUCAAUUUGGAAGCGUGAGAACCUUGGGAAAUGCCGUGAAAGCGCCCUGUUUCUGCAAGAUGUCAAGAGAAUCCAAUAUCCUUUUUGACGACAUUUUCACUAUCACUGAUAUCAAUGCAGAGGGGAAAAGAUUCGACCGAGUUUCUCGGCUCAUGGCCAAGUCACAAAGUCAUGCUAUGCACCUCGCACUAGACUACAACGUCGAGCUUUAUCCUUUGCGGAAGGGCGAAACUUUUACUCUUGCUCUCGCCUCUUCACUGUCGCGAGAAGUUGUUGGCGCAGACGAAGAAAGCACUGGUCGUGAUGUCUGGAGACCGGACAGGAAAGGAAGUGUCGGCAUUGAAGAAGAUUAUGAGUGUGUUAUGUAUGGAAAGGUGUAUAAAUUCGACGAGGGUUCACAUGAGAUGGUAACGGCGUAUGCAUCGUUCGGGGGUCUCUUAAUGGCGCUCACAGGUUCAUAUCGACAUAUGCAAAAUAUCGUAAUAGGUGAAAAUGUGUAUUUGCUCAUGCGACGGUGA